UAAACGACGAUCCGAUUGUAUCUUCUUGAGAGGAAAGCGACCAUCCGAAUCUCGCAAGAAAUGGAUGAUCCUAUCAUACGAGAGACAGUUGACGCUUUCCUGAAGAAAACGUAUGAUUUGGUUGAUGAUCCUUCGACGGAUAAGAUAAUCUCAUGGGCACCGGGUGGCAAGAGGUUCGUAGUUUGGAAACCGCUAAAAUGUUCAAGAGACCUUCUUCCGCAACGAUUGGGAAUCACAAACCUUUUAACCUUGCAAUCAUAUGGCUUUAGCAAGAUUGUGUCCGGAGAACAGUUGGAGUUUUUUUGCAAAGAUUUUGAGAAGGGACGCCCUGAGCUUUUGGAGAAGAUUAGCGAUCGGUACAUGGCCCAGUUGAUAGCUUUUCAUGAGAAGUGGUACAAGCCAUUUCAUGAUCGGCUUAAAAAUGCCAAGACCAAGGAAGAGUGGGAUCUAGUGAUGAAGGAGCAGAAGGAGUUUUUUGAGAAUGAGAAUAAGGAGAGAAGGGCGAGCAGGUUGAGGCCCAAGAGCUCUCCUCCACCAGCUCCUGAGAAUCAACUGAACAGCUCUCCUCCACCUGCUCCUGAGAAGAGUUCUCCAAACGCAAGAUCCGAUUUUUUUCAAGAAACCGAGAAUUCUCUCAAAGAAAUGGAUCUUUCUCCCAGAACAAACAGAAUCUAUGCUUUUCUUAGCAAAGCAUAUGAGAUUGUUGAUGAUCCUUCCACUGACAAUAUAAUCUCCUGGGGACCAAACGGCACUUCCUUCGUUGUCUGGAAACCGCUUAAAUGUCAAAGGGACCUUCUUACACGACACUUGGGAGUCACAGGCUUUGUGAGAUUCGAAGUAUAUGGCUUUAGCAAGACUGUGUCUGGACAACAGUUGGAGUUUGAACGCGCUGACUUUGUGAAGGGCCACCCUGAGCUUUUGGAGAAGAUUGGUGAUCGCUAUGUGGCCAAGUUGAGAGCUUUUCAUGCGAAGUGGUACAAGCCUUCUGAGGAUAGGCUUAAAAAUGCAAAGAAAGAGUGGGAUCAAGCAGUGAAGGAGCAGAGAAGGGCGAGCAGGCUGAAGAGGGAGAGCUCUCCUCCACCAGCUCUGGAGAAUCAAGUGCAGCAGCCUAAUGGAACUUGAUCAGCUUAAUCCUCUCUAUCUAUCUUUGUGAAAUCCUUUUCAUGUAUUGGAUUUUUCUCUACUGUGGUUAUGUUUCUAAAUAAUACUCUCUGGAUUGGAUUCUGGUUGUUUAGUUCCACUUAAGCCUUACUCAUCUUGUUAAUGUGCUUCUACUUUCAUUGUUCCUCUUGUAAGAUACUCUUAUGGCUGCUGUUUCGCCCUGAGGAUUUAGCGUUCUCAUCUUUACGGUGUGGACUCACUCUCUUGUUCCUCUACUUUUUUCAAGUGUUCUUAUCACUUUUGGCACUUGUUGAUAUUGUUAAAGAAAAGGUUGAA